GUCGCCAGGGCUAGCGGCACCGCAGCCUGCACUCGAGUCGAAGGAACCGCUCCCCGACAGUCGCAUGCCCGCCUCGGUCGCUCCUCUGCACCCUCCCUCGCCCAUCGCCUCAUCGUCGCUGUCGACCCCGCUCUCGCUCCCGAGUCCGCCCUCGGCCGGCACGCCGCACCCGCACGCCAUGCCAACACCUGCAGCGCACGCAGUGCAUGCGCCGCGAGCCGGCCUGCCGCAGGGUGCGCUCCUGGCACCGCGGCCGGCUCAGGCGCAUCCUGCGCCGACGCAGAGCUCGGCGCCCUUCUUCUCGUUCACGCAAGGCGUGCUUCUCGGGCAGGCGAGCAUGAUCAUCCUCGCGGCGCUCUUCCUCAAGUACGUCGUGUUCGAGGACCCGGACGCGGCCAAGCGGGCGAGGGAGGAGCGCAAGCGGCUCAGAGCGGCGGCGCGAGGCGAGGGUGGAGGCGAGGAGGACGAGGCGGGCGGCAAGGGGAAGCGGGGGCAGAAGAACGGCAAGGUUGGCAAGGGCGGCGGCAAGGCCAAGGCCUCGUCGCGCACCCCUCCCGACUUUCCCGCGGCCACCCUGAGCGCGGCCGCACUCCUCGGCGCGCUCUCGUACGACCUGUCGACCCACCCGCCCGAGUCGCUCGACUGGCUCAACGUCCUCUCGGCCCAGCUCAUAUCUUCGUACCGCGCCCUCGCGGCGUCGCACGCGUCGGGCGGCGCGCGCGCCCUCAUCGAGGAGGCGCUCAACCGCAGGACGGGCGGGACCGAGGAGGGCGCAGAGGCGGCGCAGGGCAUGGUCGGGCUCGAUUUCGUCGAGGUGGACGAGGUCGAGCUCGGCGAGGGGUUUCCGGCGUUGAGCGACGCGAGGCGCGUCGAGCUCGACCUCGACUACAUCGACACGGUCGUCCUGUCCGUCUCGACCCGGGUCGUCCUCAACUUCCCCCGACCUCGAUUCGCCGUCCUGCCCAUCUCGCUCUCCCUCACCCUCGAGCGGUUCUCCGGCACCCUCACCGUCGAGCUGCCGCCACCCGCACCUGCGCCUGCACCUGCGCCGUCCUCGUCCUCGACCGAGCCGCACCACCACCACCACCCCGGGCACCCGUCGGUCCACCUCUCGCUGCACCCCGACUUUGAGCUGCAGCUCGCCACGUCGUCGCUCCUCGGCUCGCGCGCCAAGCUGCAGGACGUGCCCAAGAUCGAGCAGCUCCUCGUCGCGCGCAUCCGGGCGGCGAUCCAGGACCGCGUCGUCUGGCCCGGCCGCGUCGAGGUUUCCCUCCCGAGCCUGUCGAGGGACAAGUCGCGCCACCACCACCACCACCAUCACUCGCACUCGCACUCGGAGGCGCACGUGCACGACGCGGCGGCCGUCCCGCCACUCGCCGACGACCUCGCCGCCUCGCCGCUGCGCACGACCCCCCUCUCUCCUCUCGCCUCUCCUCUCGACCCGUCGCCCUCUACUCCCCCUUCCUCCAGCUCCACCUCCCCUUCCCCUCACUUCGACCGUCCUCUGCGCAACCCGCUCCUGUCCCGCACCGCCACCUCGUCCACAACAGCGUCCGCCUCGGGCGCCGACACGCCCUCGGUCGACCUGUCGGGCCCCGACGGGCCCUCGAUCGCGCUCCAUCCGCGCGUGCGUCCUCCUCCCGCACACCUCGCGCACGAGUCGGCGAGGGAGGCGGCGGCAGCGGCGGCCAUGCCGAGCCCGAACCCGAGCGAGAGCCUGCCGGGCUACUUCCCGCCGAUGUCGGGGCGGUCGGGCCUCAGUGGAGCGGCUUCGAAGGGCUUUGGUGCGGCAGGCGCACAGGGCAUGCGGUACAGGGCUGCGGCGGGCGGUGCAGGCGUCGGGAUUGGGCUCGGCAGGUAGUUAGACGAGCGGCGGGAGUGCGGGUGCAUCUCUAGACAGCCUGCAUGGCGAGCAUGCCAGCCGUUCUUC